GUCUUUUAAAAAUUUUGUAUAAUGUUUAGUCCAGUGCCCUUAGCACUUGCUAUUUUAAGAGUGCUGAACAAAUGUUGGCCAUUUCCAAAUUCUACUUUAGUAAUACCCUCAUUUAGUAUUAUGGAGAAAAUAUACUAGAAAUGGUAUCAGAACUCAUUUGUUCUCUAAAAUUUCACCACCUUUAUUUACAGUAAGUACACAUGUAACCAAUAGUGAGCGUUAGAGUGCUUGAAAAAGAACGCCCUCUCUCUUUUGCCCCUUCCUCUUGCAUUCAUACUGUUAGCAUGUGACUGACAUUUUCUAUUUUAACUGUGAAUUUAUGUAACUGAUGACAACCCUUAUGACUACUGUCCUAGCCCUCUACUUUAGGUGAUAAUAUAUGCAUUCCUACAGUUUUUUAUUAAGCACAUAUACAUAAUUUAUUACCUUGAAACCCCUUUUAUCUUAGUUCUCAGUUAACUAUCACAAUUUUCUAUUAAUUGUGAAGUGAAAGAACCGAGUAUUUUGGGAGUUUGUUCCUUUCAUUAUGCUUAAAGUUUUCUUCUGAUUUUUUAAAACUUAUUUUCCUAGAUCUGUUUUCCUCUUUCUGGUGAUGCCUAAUGACUAGUUUUCUUAUAUUUUAAAAUUUCGAUGUGAUUCUUACUCCUAGAUGUCGUUUGUCAGAGUGAACCGUUACAGCCCCCGAGGAGGAGGAAGGAAAGCACUGAAAGUCAAGAAGAAAGCGGCAGUGAGGCAAGACUGGGAUAAUACUGUGAAUGAUCUAACAGUUCAUCGGGCAACUCCUGAAGAUCUGAUACGUCGCCAUGAAAUACACAAAUCGAAGAAUAGAGCGUUAGUACACUGGGAGCUCCAAGAAAAAGCUUUGAAGAAAAAAUGGAAGAAGCAGAAACCAGAAAUUUCUAAUCUUGAGAAAAGGAGAUUGUCUAUCAUGAAGGAGAUGCAGGAUGCAUUGGAAAAAUCUGAUCAUUUGAUGGCUGCAGCCAAAGAUCUCUUUGUUGAUUUUCCUCGUAGGCGCACAGGGUUUCCGAAUGUAACAGUGGCUCCUGAUUCCUCUCAAGGUCCCAUUGUGGUAAAUCAAGACCCAGUGACCCAGGCCGUCCUCGGUGAAUCUGUCUUGGAACCUCAGGCUCUUAAUGAAGUAAAUGAUGAUGAGGAAGAAACUGUUAACAGCCAGUCAGAGGAAAGUGAGAAUGAGUUGGAUAACUCUCUAAGCUCCCGGUCUAACAUGAAUGCAGAGAAGUUUCUUCACCAACUAAAGGAAGAUAAUUCUGAGUUAAUUAAUAAACUGUGGACUGAUAUUCAGCAAAAAAUAGCAACACAGUCACAAAUAAGUCCUUCAGGAACUCCAUCAUCUUCCUCUCCAUCAGAGGAAAAGAAAGCUGCUCUGAAUGCUACCAAUGCUGUCAAGAGAAUCCACACCAGGCUUCAGCCUGAAGAAUCUUCUGAGUCUCUAGACUCGAGCUAUGUUGUGAGACAAGUGCUGAACUCAAGGAAGCAAAAGCAGCUGCUAAAUAAAGUGAAAAGAAAACCAGAGUUGGGUGCUCCUUCCAAGCAGAAGAAAAACAUGUUGUCAAGUAGCACAGCCUCCACAGACUUAUCAAGUAGCACCAAUCCCAGCCUGGAUGUCCUCAAACACAUGAUGCAUGAGGUGGAACAUGAAAUGGAAGAGUAUGAGCGGUCGACAGGACGCGAGGUCAAGGAACCGCAGAGCAGUCAGGGCCUUACGGGCUUCACCCUGUCGCUGGUGAGCUCCCUCUGCCGCCUGGUUCGGUACCUUAAAGAGAGUGAACUCCAACUGCGUAAAGAAGUAGAGACAAGACAGAAACUGGAACAGGUAUUAGGUGAUCAUCGAGAGCUCAUUGAUGCUCUGACAGCUGAAAUUCUGCUUCUUAGAGAAGAAAAUACUGCUACCCAGGCGAGACUUCAGCAGUAUAUGGUCACAACAGAUGAGCAACUUAUAUCACUCACACAUGCCAUUAAGAGCUGUCCUGUGAUAAAUAACAACAAAGAAAGUCUGGCAGCAGAAAGGGGAGCCACGAGUAGUAGAAUUAUGGACAAUCCAGAGGGUUCGGUUGUAAAUGCUAAUGUCUCCGUGCCAUUGAUGUUCAGAGGGGAAGAAGUGCUUGAAUUCCCACAGGAAGACUUGCCUGUUAAGCUGACACAGGUGCCAAACCCCCCAGACAGUGUGAAGCUGGCCAACAAUUUUCCAGCACACAUAUUUGAGCCAGCUGUGUUGUUAACACCACCCAGGCAGAAGAGCAACUCAGAAUUCUCUCCUCUGCAGGAUGCAUUGAGGAGGACUGUUCAAACUCGCCCUGCUCCACGAAUUCCUCCAACUGUGGAAGUAAUUGAGAAGGAACAAAAUUGGGAAAAGAAGACCUUACCAACUAGCACAGACAUUCAGAAUUCAAGUGAAGAGAGUCAUCUCUUCACUCAGAGGUGGAGGGUCUCUCACAUGGGAGAAGAUUUGGAGACCAAAACCCAGGCUCCUUUUGUUAACCUGUCACAGCCCCUGUGUAAUUCCCUCUCAAACACUCACCAAACCAGAAACCCCACAUUCUCAGAAGAGUCCCCAGUAUUGGGGGAUGGGCAACAGCUCAGAACAAAUGAGCCAUUAGUACAAAGAAAGGACAUCCUGGCUCGAAUUGCUGAGUUGACACUGCAGAAUUCAGCUAUCAAGGCUCAUCUGAAUAAUAUUAUUGGGCCAGGAGGAGAACAAGGGGAUGGACUUUGGGAGUUAAACAAACAGGAGACAAGUCAUACGAGCAACAUGUCUGCUACUUUUCCAGGAGCACGGCCUCUAACCCCAGGUAGCAUGGAGGAGCGGAUUGCAGAACUGAACCGGCAGAGUCUGGAGGCUCGCGGAAAACUCUUGCGGCUAAUAGAGCAGCAGAAGCUCGUUGGUAUGAAUCUUUCCCCGCCACCGGUGUCGCCUCUUCAGUCGCCUUUCAGACCUUGGGCUGAUUGGUCACAAAUUCCUGAUUUAAAAGAAGGAGGAAAGAGGACAAUUGAGGUAUCUGUUCCAGGAGCAGAAGCCCCAGAAGACUCAAAAUGCAGUACUGUCUCUCCUACCAGUGGAAUAAAUACAAGAAGAUCUUCAGGGGCUACUAGUAAUUCUUGUUCUCCAUUAAAUGCCACCUCAGGAAGUGGGCGAUUCACACCUGUUAAUUCAAGAGCAAAGAUUGAGAAACAAAAUGAAGAAGGCUGGUUUGCUCUUUCUACCCAUGUGUCAUAAGUGAAGCCAGGUUUUACAGUUUGUUCUCAGUGGUAUAUUCUUGAGCUUCCAUUUCCCUUUCCCUGCUCCUGCUUUCAAGUUUUUGUCGUUUCAGAUAAGGCCUACAAAGAUCUUGGGACUUAGUACUAAUAGAACAGAGAAAUAAAGUUAUUUUAUUUUUGACCUUUCAAAUAGAUUUCCAGCAACGAACCAACCUGCAGCCUCCUGUAAAUAAAAAUUUGACUAUAGGGAAAUUAAAGUUUCAUAUUCUAAUAAUUUCAUAAGUAUUUCAAGGUUUUUUUGAGUAAUAUAUUAUUACCUUUAUCAUCUUUAUUCAGUUUUUUUUGUCUAGUAUAUUUUAAAUGUUGAUGUAUUUCAUUUUUAUUUUCUGAAGAACUUAGUUGCUUUGCAUAUUACUUACAAUAAAAUGUCUUUGUGUGAUUAAAGUCUGGCUUUCAGAAAAA